AUGCUGUUGUAUGUUUCUGUGCUACUCACAUCGCUAAUCAACUUCACAGUUGCAAGCCAAUUGCCCACGGACUAUGAUGUUGUCUGGAGCUCUCCGUCUCAGAGCAAUGGCUCGGCGUCGUCAAUGCCGCUUGGAGGGGGCGAUGUUGGUCUUAAUGUCUGGGCGGAGAAUGGCACUAUCCUGUUCUAUAUCGCCAAGUCUGGAACAUUCGACGAGAACAAUAGCCUGCUGAAGCUGGGUAGGACACGCUUGCAUUUCCAGCCCAACCCCUUUUCCGUCAACGAGCCCUCAUUCGAACAAAGGCUUGUCCUUGAGGAUGGCUAUAUUCGCUUCACAGGAGCCACCGGAUCUCAGCUUGUGAUUUGGGUGGAUGUGUUCGAACCCAUUAUCCAUGUCGACUUUUCCAGCGCGAUUCAAGUCGACCUGAAGGCGAGUUUCGAGUCCUGGAGGACUGAAGAUCGCCUGAUGGAUCUCGAUGAGAGGGCACAGUCGUCGUGGCAAUCGUUUCCAAACGUUUCGGUAUAUUCUUAUCAAGACUUCGUUGAUUUCUACGGCAACGGAGUUCUAGCCUACCACAGGAACAGAGAAGAAACUGUCUUCGAUGCCACAGUCAGUCAGCAGGGACUUGAAGAAUACAAAGGUACACUAUACAACCCGCUGAGAGGGAACACAUUUGGCUUGUGGCUAGCUGGAGACGGGUUGACACCACAAAACAUCACCUCAGGUCAAUAUGUCAACACCAAUUACACCUCGUGGAGCUUGAGUAGCACCGGUCCACGCUAUACGUUCAAUCUCACCAUCUCAGUGCAUCAGAAUAUUACAGACUCCCAGGAAGACUGGCAGACACAACUGGAAACUUUGAUACAGGCGCCUCGUCGCUACCGAAGCGAUACACUAGAGUGGUGGCACUCCUUCUGGAACCGCAGCCAUAUCUUUAUCAAUGCUGAUUCAAACGCUACUGGAGUUCCAUACCAAGUAGGAAGAAACUAUAACCUCUUCAGAUUCAUGCUGGCCUGCAACGCUUAUGGAGAAUGGCCGACGCGCUUCAACGGCGGCUUGUUCACAUUCGACCCAUAUUUCGUGGACGAUAGUCUGCCGUAUUCUCCCGACUUCCGACGGUGGUCUGGUGGUACCUUUACCGCCCAGAACCAGCGACUUCUAUACUGGCCUAUGCUCAAGAGUGGAGACGUUGACAUGAUGACACCACAGUUCGAUUUCUACCGUCGUGUUACCACGGUGAACCAGCUACGCGGGCGAACAUAUUAUGGUAUCAAUCACACAUUUUUUACCGAGCAAAUCGACAACUUUGGACUGCCGCAGAUCUAUCAAUUCAACGCAGACACUUACAUAUUCAACGCUACCAGACCAGAAAUGUUCCCCAUGGGGCUCGAGUUCAAUGAAUGGCUCAUAUGGCUGCAGGAUACCAGCCUUGAGUUCGUUCAAAUGCUCCUGGAUGCCAACCAAUUCUACGAUUACAACAUCGAACCAUAUAUGACUUUCAUUGAAAGCAGUCUGUUGUGGUUCGAGGAAUUUUACCAGCAGCAGCAGCAACUGCGAGAUGUAUUUCGUCUGACUGGUACAAAAGGCAACGAGUCACUUGUCAUUUAUCCAGGGUCGGGCGGCGAGACAUACAAAGAUGCAUACAACCCUGCAUCCACAGUCAGCGGUCUUCGUGCUGUCCUCACUAGGUUGCUGCAGGUCGACCCGCCUUACGUGUUAGGUAACACCAGUCGGUACGAAAGGUUCCUUGCUAGCAUACCAGCCAUUCCAUUACGACAACAGCAGAACAGAACAACUAUCGCACCCGCGGUAGCUUGGUCUCGCAUACAGAAUGUGGAGAUUCCUCAACUGUAUCCAGUCUUCCCUUGGGCAGAAUACGGUCUGGGUCUACCAAAUCUCAGCUACGCCGUCGACACAUAUUUGUAUGACACCGAAACCCAGGACUUUCAUGGCGCAGAAGGUUGGCAGCAAGAUGGUAUCUGGCUCGCACGAAUGGGAUUGACGACGAUGGCAAAGAAUAUCACCAUGCUGAGGCUGCAAGAUUCAAAGGCUCACAGAUUUCCGUCAUUCUGGGGCCCCAACUUCGACUGGACUCCCGAUAUGAACCACGGUGGUAGCUCCAUGAUUGGACUACAGGAGAUGUUGUUGCAAACAUAUGGAAACAAGAGUCGGACACUGAGAGUUUUGCCUGCCUGGCCAGUUGACUGGGAUGUGGACUUCAAGCUGCAUGCACCUUUUGAGACAAUAGUUGAGGGAAGAGUCAAGGAUGGGCAACUCGUCUCGCUUGUUGUCACGCCCGAAGAACGUAUGCAGGAUGUAGUUAUUGGACAGUGA